AAAAAAACCCUCUGGAAAGCUGGCAAGUGUUCAUAAGGCAGACCUAGAAUUAUGUAGGUUGAAGGCUCCCCAGUGGACAGACUGAACAUAUAAGAAGGAAACCAGAGAUCUGGUGCUAUUACAUCCUAGAGUUUAAGAGAACGAAUAAGCAAAGAAUUCAAAGCAUUCUUCAGCCUGAAAUUUUAAAGGGUCCAUUUAAGAGCUAGGCAAGCUGAUUUAUAACUGCUUUAAAUUUCAAUUACCAAAGGUGUACAAAUCAGGAAUUGUUGAAAUUUCAUUAUGAAGGUCAACUUCACUUUUGCCACCAUCAUCCAAAACAUUACCAGCAGUCUGCACUUCAGACUUGUGAAUAUAUCUACCAGAGAGUCCACCUUUAACUGCUCACAGAAACCAUCAGAUAAGCAUUUAGAUGUGAUUCCUAUUCUCUACUACACAAUUUUUGUGAUUGGAUUUCUUGUUAAUACCAUUGUGGUUAUGCUGUUUUGUUGCCAAAAGGGUCCUAAAAAGGUUUCCAGCAUUUACAUUUUCAACUUGGCUGUGGCUGACUUACUCCUUUUGGCUACGCUUCCUCUCUGGGCAACCUAUUAUUCUUACAGAUAUGACUGGCUCUUUGGACCUGUGAUGUGCAAAGUUUUUGGUUCUUUUCUGACCCUGAAUAUGUUUGCAAGCAUUUUUUUUAUUACCUGCAUGAGUGUUGAUAGGUACCAAUCUGUCAUCUACCCUUUUCUGUCUCAACGAAGAAACCCAUGGCAAGCAUCUUACAUAGUUCCCCUUGUUUGGUGUAUGGCCUGCCUGUCUUCAUUGCCAACGUUUUAUUUCCGAGAUAUCAGAACGAUUGAAUUCUUAGGAGUGAAUGCUUGUAUUAUGGCUUUCCCACCUGAAAAAUAUGCUCAAUGGUCGGCUGGUAUUGCUUUAAUGAAAAAUAUCCUUGGUUUUAUUAUUCCUUUAAUAUUCAUAGCAACAUGCUACUUUGGAAUCAGAAAACACUUACUAAAGACCAAUAGCUAUGGGAAGAACAGAAUAACCCGUGACCAAGUCCUGAAGAUGGCAGCUGCUGUUGUACUGGCAUUCAUCAUUUGCUGGCUUCCCUUCCAUGUUCUGACUUUCCUGGAUGCUCUGGCCUGGAUGGGUGUCAUUAAUAGUUGUGAAGUGAUAGCAGUCAUUGACUUGGCACUUCCUUUUGCCAUCCUUCUGGGAUUCACAAACAGCUGCAUUAAUCCUUUUCUGUAUUGUUUUGUUGGAAACCGCUUCCAACAGAAGCUCCGGAGUAUGGUUAGGGUUCCAAUUACUUGGCUCCAAGGCACAAGAGAGACUAUGUCUUGCAGAAAAAGCAGUUCUCUUAGAGAAAUGGACACUUUUGUGUCUUAAACACAAGAAUGCAAUGCAUAUUAUCAAGGUGGCAACUUGUUCUGAGACCCACCUGGAUAUCUUUAAGCAGCUUUUGUAAAAUAAGAUUUUCCCUUUAUUUAAUCUUUAUUCUUCUCAAACAGAAAACCAAGUAUAACUGUACAUUUUGUUCUCCAGUGACUUUCAGAAGUUGUCCACUGUUUUUCUGUUAUAUCAAUGCAAGAUUGUCGUUUUGAGACAUACCCAUAACCUAGAAGUAAUUGAGGAUUUAUGUUAAAUUAUAAUUAAUACUAACUUGUGAAUAAUGAUUUGGGAUUUCAGAUUUCUCCUUGAAAAAUACUGGCAUUUCUUAGGGGGGUUUUAUAUCAAUUUUCAUCAUGUUUUCUUUUCUCUUGAACAAAGGCCAGCUUUAAUUUGCUGCAUUAUUUAUGAGGCAACACGGUAAGAUAAAUGAGCACUGUAAUAUACUAUUCUAAGUUGACUAUAUUAUAAUACAUUGUUACUGGAUUAUUCAGGCUCUAAGAAUAUACAGUACUUUCUACUUUUUAAGAAACUAUAAGUUCUAUUCCUUUUACAUUUCAGUUGAGCAUAGCUUUAUACUUAAGACCUAGUUAUAUAUUCAGUAGGGCUAGGAAUAAAGAUUAAAUAACUCCAAUAUUUUAGCUUAUUUUUUACAGUUAUACAAAGUAAAAUGUAUACUAAAGCAAAGUUGCUAUUAACACAUGAGUCCUCACUGAACUCUGAAUAAGUACUUUAAAAAUUUUCUAUCCAUAUUAACUUUUAUUUAAAGGUUUCUAUAUUUUUUGAUAAUUAUUGAAAAUAAUAUGCCUCAAACUGUGUAUUUAUAAAAUGCAAAGGUCACUUUUUACAUCUUUGACCUUUUGAAUGUGGUGCUUGAUAUCUAGGACAUUGACUUGAUUUUAAUUAUUGAAUUUUGGGUUGCUUCCCUAAAUAUCUGGGUGGAUUCUUUACCUUGUAAUAAAUUCUAAAUUGGAACAGGAAAAGGUUAGGUCAGAAUGAAAUUGUGAUUACCCUUUGAGUGACAAAGAAACUCAGAAAUGACAAGCUUGGUAUGAAGCUGGGGACCUGUCAGGUAAGACAGUUCAAUGUGGCUUUUAGAAUGUAGACACUGAGGGGUAAUUUUAACCUAUAUCUAUGUUUACUAUUUGUUCCUGAAUCUGUAGGAUUCUGUGGAGGAAUUUGAAACCAAUUGCUGGUCCAUAGAUAUUUUUCUUAACACUAUUAUAAUUCCUAAGUUAGAGGAAUACCUGAAACUGACUGAGUUACCUGAACUUGACUCAGAUUAGAGUAUGAAUCUUAAUUUUAGAAGUUCACCUUUUUAUUCUGUACCAGCCCCUUAUUAGGCCAAGUUAAGUAGGACUUUCUAGAUUAGUGGUAACUGUGAGGUAGAAUUAAAGUUUUGGGGCCUUAACAACUUUGCCAUGUUCUGGAGCUAUAAAUUGAAGAGUUCUCUCAUAUCUCUUUCUUUCUUUUUUCUUUCUUUUUAUUUUUUAUUUUUGGUAUCAGGGAUCAAACUCGGGACCUUGUGCUUGUGAGGCAGGCGGCAGAACCACUGAGCUAAAUCCCCGGCCUCUCUCACAUCACUUUCUAGGAAGGUCCUACUUUCAUGUAAUCAUAUUAUUUUCAAUAAAAAUAUACAGAUAAAUGUAUAAUCAAC